AUGAGUGGUUUAACUGAUUUAACAUUAGAAGAUGAGCUAACUCAUGUUUAUGAAGAAUAUGCAGGAUAUCCAACAACCAGUUUGGAAAUCUUUUCAUCUAUUUUGCCAUUACCACUGAAUCCUCCAGUUGGAAAAAUUCCUAAAAAAAUUAAAAAAUAUCGUCAAAAACCAGGAGAUGAUGUUCGAUAUCAAAUUUCUCGCUAUGUUCCAAAACUUAAACUUGUUUUAGAGAGUCACAUUAACAAUACAUUAGAUACUAAUUCAUAUCCAUACACGAGAGAUCCCGGAGUUGCUGACAGAUCUAAAGGACAACAACAAGCUCCAAGUGAAAAUCGCAAACCUAGAAUAAUAGCAUUUGUAGCAGGUGGUUUAACUUAUUCUGAAAUUCGUAGUGCAUAUGAAUUGACAGAAAGCCAUAAUAAAGAUGUAAUUAUUGGAUCAACUCAUGCGAUCACACCAAGAAAUUUUAUUGAAGAUUUAAAACUUCUCCGUAAUCCACCAACAAGGAUUUAUCAACCACAGCAUCAUCAACAACACCAACCAAACUUACUACCUACAUCAGCACCAGCAUAUGGUGGUGGUUUCAUUUCACAGCCACAACUACAACAACCACAAAUACCUCCAAAACCUUUCUCUAGCCCCGGACACAUUCAUAAUCCGCCACCACCUGAUAAUAGUAAUCCAACUUCUAAAGGAAAGCUUUUUUACAAGUUUUAG